AUGGCCGUGCAGGCGCAUCAUGUCUCCCGUGCUUUCCACCACCACCACGACCUCCACUCCUACAGGGCUCUGGAGGACGGGGCGACGGGUGCCUCUCUGUUCCUGGACGAUCGCGGCGGGUGCGCGCCGGCGAUGGCCGGGAUCGGGAACACGAUGCUGAGCGAAGUCCCCAGAAGCGAUCUCACCUGCAACGACAACAACCACAACUACGCUUUCGUGCCGAGGAAGCGGGCGCGUGUGGCGGCUGCGGCGGCGCCUGGUUUUGUUAGAACGGCUGCGGCUGCGCAAGGGUUUGUGCCCGUGGGCGAUAUGGCGAGCAGGGCGAUGGGUUCCGGCGUCGCGUCAACCAGCGGGGUGAGUGGCAAUGCCACAGCCGUGUCGCAUCUGUACAACCAGGGAAUGGAGAUCGACGCACUCAUGCGAGUCGAGACCGAGCGGAUGCGGGCGGGCUUGGACGAGGCGUGGCGGCGGCACGUCCGGGCGCUGGUGGCGGCGGCCGAGCGUGCCGCAGCGGUGCGGCUGCGAGCCGCGGAGGCUACCCUGGAGCUCGCGCGCUGCCGCAACGCGGAGAUGGAGGAGAAGCUGCGCCAGAUCGGCGCGGAGGGCCAGGCAUGGAUGGGCGUCGCGCAGAGGCACGAGGCCGUCGCCGCCGGGCUACGCGCCACCCUCGAACAGCUCCUCCAAUCCCGUUGCGCCGCCGGGGAGGGCGACGCCGAGGACGUGCAAUCGUGCUGCUUCGAGACCCCCGCGUACGACAACGCCGGCGGAGACGAGGCGGCGUCCGGUGCACCGGCGGCGUGCAGGGCCUGCGGCCAGGGCGGGGCGUGCGUGCUGGUCUUGCCGUGCCGUCACCUGAGCCUGUGCCGCGCGUGCGACGCCAGCGUGGACACGUGUCCCGUGUGCGCGGCCACCAAGAACGCCUCGCUACAUGUCCUGCUCUGCUGA